CCUCAGCUGUGAGCGUUAUGGAUGACUACGCGACGUCCUCUUGUGUUCACUUGUGCCUACUACAAUAAACAAGUUGGAAAAGCAUCCUGCAAUGCUGCGUUCACGACUCCUUCCAUUCAUAACUCGCAACAAGGCUCUUACGCAUUCUGCCUUUCGUAAUUCCAACAUUUUUUGAUCACAUCGAUCACUCAAUUUGUCAGAAUUAGUCUCACUGAGCCCCGCACUUGUCUCCUUACCUCCUUACCUCCUUACCCAGACCACGGGGUGCGUUUCCAUCAAAUGCACUUGAAAGUAAAUCCUCCCUGCAGAUCAGGUCACCUGGAUGCGGGCAGGAACACCUGCUGGCGGAGGACUCACCGCUUCACACAGCACUUUUUAUGUUAAUGACCCGUCCAAGCACGUCCCACUCCCACUUCCCUUUACAGCGCAACACUAAUAACAGAGUCAGUAUUGGCAGGCAUUGGUACUUUUAAGCGAGGUCCUCUUAUUUCUUCGAGUCGGAUAUGAUCUGGACACUUGUGGUUCUGGGUGGGCUGUGCGUCCUGCUCCAGGGUGCUGAAGGCAGAAGCGGCGGGGGGAGGACGGUGACUUUCCAUCGGACUCAGCAGGAUGAGAGCCAGGGCCAAGGGCGCGCACGCCCCAGGAGGGACAUCAGCGGCACCCUCAGGCCCUCUCACGGUCCUCCCUUCACCUCCUGCCGGAUCCCCCUCACUCCCGCCGAGCACAAGGUCCUGAAUGACAACACACAUGAGACAGGAUUUAACGGUGAUGACGGCUCCUACGUGAUUCUCACAUGGGUUGGCGAUGGUACAGGAGUCGUCCUGGUGCUGUCGACUUUUAGUGCUCCAAUAGAUUCCUUUCUAGAAGGAGGCUCCUCACGACUUUAUCGAAGUACGGAUUAUGGAAAGUCCUUCCAUGACAUUUCCCACCGGAUCAACAACACCUUCAUAAGGGAGGAGUUUGGACUCAGCGUUGGACCGGGGAACUCUGUGAUUUUGACAGCGGACACACCAGUGGUUGACAACCGAGGCGGGAUCAUCUUCACCUCCACAGAUGCCGGCGCGACCUUCAAGUUCAUCCAGUUACCCUUCCACCUGGCUCAGCCAAUCGCGUACCACUUCCUCAACCCGGAUUACCUCGUGGCCCUCAGCAUCGACGGCAGUCUGUGGCUCUCGCUGGACUUUGGUGCCAAGUGGACAAAAGUUCAUGAUGGAGUGCAUUCUUUCUCAUGGGGGGCUGGCAUCAAUUUGUUCUUCAGCUACAGUAAAGUAGACACAGUGGAGGCAGAUGAGAGGGGGGAUCUGGUGCUGAAGAGGACAAAGGAUCUGGGGAAGACCUUCACCACGAUCCACGAGGACAUCUACAGCUUUGGCUACAUAGGAGCCUUCCUCUUCUUUUCCGUGAUGGAAGAUAUGAGAUCCCCUCGUGUCAUGUAUUUCUCAUCUGACCAAGGAGACACCUUCAGUCGGGCGCUGCUGCCUUCUGCCUCCACCGAGCAGUUCUACUCCAUCCUGGAUGGAGAUGAAGAUAUGCUCUUCUUGCAUGUGGACAACCCAGGAGACACCUUCUUUGGGACCAUGUACACUUCUGAUGACCGCGGGAUCUUGUUCUCCAAAUCUCUGGAGCGCCAUCUGUUUGACGGGCAGAGGAAGAGCGAUUUCACCAACAUAACGUCGCUGAGAGGAGUCUACCUCACAAACAAAUUGGACUAUGAUGGACGCAUCAGAUCCGUCAUUUCCUUUAACAGAGGAGGGACAUGGAGACAACUUAACAAACCUGAGAAUGUGGACUGUGGAGAACAAGUCCAGAAUUGCAAUCUUCAUAUUCACGGAGAGCACAGUCGCAACAACCGCAUCGUUCCAAUGCUGGCUCUGUCCGAGCCAUCAGCCAUUGGUCUGGUUAUCGCUCAUGGAACUGUGGGUGACUCUCUGUCAUCAUCGCAGCACCCAGAUGUCUUCGUCUCCUCAGACGGGGGUUAUAACUGGAGGGGGACACUGAGAGGACCUCACCACUACAGCAUACUGGACUCUGGGGGUCUCAUUGUGGCUGUGGAGGCCCAGCAUGAUCGACAAGUCAAGACCAUCAAGUUUUCCACAGAUGAGGGCCGGUGCUGGAAGUCCUACAACUUCACUGAGCAGCCCUUUUUCUUCGUAGGCCUGGCGUCCGAGCCGGGGACCAAAGCCAUGAACGUCAGCGUGUGGGGCUUCCGGCCCGAGGAGGACGGCCAGCCCAUGUGGGUGACUGUCACCAUUGAUUUCCAGAGUCUCAUUACAAGAGAGUGUACUGACAAGGACUAUGAACAGUGGUUGGCUCAUUCUAGUCACACAGGAGGAGACUCGGAGACAAACGGCUGCAUCUUGGGUGUCAAAGAGACUUACAGGAGGCUGAAGAAACAAUCUGUGUGCAGAAAUGGGCGAGGCUUUGUGGUGAGCAAGAAGCAAAGCACCUGCCUGUGCACUACAGAGGAUUACUUAUGCGACUACGGCUACUAUCGUCAUGUGAACACUUCGGAGUGUGUGAGACAGUCCAGCGCUGCAAACAAAACCUUGGAACUCUGUCUGAACGGAGAGGAGGACGAGCUUCUCACAACUGGGUACCGUAAGGUCCCGAGUGACAGGUGUGAUGGGGGAUUCACUCCUCAGCUCGCAGUGCAGACGGUCGUCAGACCUUGUGGUGUUAAACCCAGCCCUGGCCCGCCUACCAGGUCCUCGUCCCCAAUCUCACACUUUGACACACCGCGAGAGAAGCUGGUGUUGAUCCUGGUGUGUGUCGGAGCGGGAGUCAUCGUCCUGGUAGCUGUCGUGUCUGCCGUCUUUGCUGUCAGGAGGGUGGUUUACAGAAACAGGACACCAGUGUAUCGCUUCUCCAACCUCCAGAUUCAGGAUGAUGAUCAAGGCAUCACAGCCGAUCUUGAAAGCGGCACCAGUAGCAAUGGCGUAGCCUGCCAGCAGGAUUCAGAUGAUGAUCUUAUUGAAUGACACAUUACACAUUUUAAUGGAUGGGGUAGAUAUUCCCGAUUGAUAACAGCAGUGCUGAAAAGGACUGCCAGCGGCAUUUUGUUUGGACUCGUUUCUGAUGUUUUGAUGGGAGCUCCAUUUGUGGCAAAUUCUAAGGAUUUGAAUGACGAGCAUAAAAAUGUCUUAAUUUAUUGAGAUUAUUUCUUUUCAUUGCUUUACUUUGCUUACUCUAUGAUUUGUACAGUAUUUUUUAAUUUUUAUUUUACUCUGUGUUGCACCAGCUUUUUACUUUCUGUUCAAUGUGAAAACAGACAAUCCUGAAUAUGUGCAUUUUUUAAGAACAAAACAGAAUACAACAUAUUAUUAUGUUUUCUUUAUAUCGCCGUAGUUUAAAAUAAUAACUUGAUCGGUUUAGUACACAAUAAACUUCUCAAAGCUUCUGUUCAUCCGA